CUGGCACACAGCGAAGCUGCAACCCUCGGACGCCGUCCGGAUGAGCGUAGCUCCAGUGGCAACCGUAUCUCCAGUGUUCUCUGACGAGCCCCCAACAGCAGUGAUAUUGGCGAACGAACCGGUCCCAGCUGAAGGCGGAGGCUGGAUUUCGGCAACCUCAAGUCCUGGUGGUGCUGCUGGUGCUUCUGCUGUUGUUGUUGAAGAACACGCCGCCGAUGUGGAGUCCGGUACAAGACGACCAAUACCCACCCGUGCUGCUGCCGCGCCGGCAGCUGGAGGACCAACCGCUGAUGAUGUUGAAAAGAGCUGUGGCCUGACUUCGCGUCGCUGGCACCAGCUCUUCGCUCUGGGCAUCGGUCUGCUGGAGGCAGCGUUCAGCCUCAACAAUGCCAUCGCUGAGGACGCGUUCAAGAUCGAGGACGCUGCGAGCUUCGUCUUCUCUGCGUCGGCUGUCCAGGAGUCCGUCGGCCUAGCCGUGAUGCUUCUGCUCUCGCUAUGCAGAGCAAGAGUUGGGGAGCAGGAUGCGGUGAUGGAAGAGUUUGGCUCGCCGCUUGCGAUUCUUGUGAACGGCGUUCGGCAAACAGACAGGUCUUUAACCAAGACUGGGCAUUUCGGCGCGAUGUGCCAGGCGGCGGUCGUGGCCGUAACAGGCCUCGUGCUGCUACAGAAGGUGGACGCGAGGGGCUUCGUCAUUCUCUUCUACGCCCUCUUGGUGCUCUUCUGCGGUUUCUGCCUUGUCACGAACACCGUCUUCUGUGCGGGUUACUUCCGGAACCUGGUCGUCGUCUCUAGGUUAGACUCUGCGCUUGAUCCUGACAACCCGGCUGUCGGCUUGACUUACGCCUUGAUUGCGCUGCCACUUGGUGUCGAUGUCGCUGAGAUUCUGUUUUUGUUCCUCGGAGGGCAAUCGUGGAACGCUACAAUAUUGGCAUUGUUGGAUGUGGGUGUAACGGCCAUGGUCGUCUUUCCUUUCGGGUACAAGAGGUUCAUGACAGCUUUUCCAGAGGCCGCGCGGCGCCUGGGACUGGACUCAGGCCGCGCGUGCGAUCACUACUACUGUUGCUGUAACCUGGAAACCCUGUUGUACGUUGUUUUCGUUUGAAAUAUAUAUGACGGUGGCCACUCUGAGACGGCUGUGACCGAAAUUAGAAGGGCAUGUGUUGAUAGACGUACGUGCUUGUAAGGUGUAUAUUGUGCUGGGUAUACAAAUUAUUUAAGUUUGUAAGUAUGUAGUCCCGUGUGCCAUCGGUUGCGAUGAGGGUUGGUUCGUUUCCUGUGAAUACUUGUGUGAGCUGGGGCAUUCAGAGCUUGGCCGAUGACUUGAUCCACUUCAUCCAGCAGAUGGAAAUCUUGAGUGUAAAAAAUGACAAAACAAGUGUGAUCCACG